ACAAUCUAAUGAUAAAAAUGCCCAUUGACUCGACUUGCUGUAGAAAAAAAAAAGCUUUUUGGUGAGAUUAAAUGUAUAAGUAGUUAAAUUUUUAUUUUAUUUGUGUUAAGAAUCUUUUAUCAAGACAUUUUAAUUAAUUUCCGGUUGCUGAUAUACCCUUUUGUAGACUUCCUCAUUUAAUGCUUGUUAAGGCAAAUCAUUAUUCGUUAUUUUUGAAAUAUUAACUCAAUUGUAAGUUGAGUAUUCAAUUGUAUACAAUGGAUCUACGUAUAAUAAUUGCUUUGUUUAUCACCGUUGUAGUAUCUUCAACGCACGCUGCUUGUCCCUUCAAAUUUCAGUGCGACGAUGGAUAUUGUAUUGAUGAAUUGUAUGUUUGCGACGGAGAAAAUGAUUGCAAAGAUAACAGUGACGAACGUGAUUGCCAUGCCAGAGUAUGUGACUCAGAAACUGAAUUUCGAUGUCAAAGCGGGCAAUGCGUCCGGAAAUCAUUCAUAUGUGAUAGAUAUUCUGACUGUGAAGAUGACAGUGACGAAUACAAUUGCACUUGUCCAUUCCAAUUUCAGUGUGACGAUGGAUAUUGCACUGAUGAAAUGUAUGUUUGCGACGGAGAAAAUGAUUGCGAUGAUAACAGCGACGAACGCGAUUGCCCUGCCAAAGUAUGUGACUCAGAAACCGAAUUUCAAUGUAGAAGCGGGCAAUGCAUCCGGAAAUCAGACGUGUGCAAUGGAGUAUUUGACUGUGAAGAUGACAGUGACGAAUACAAUUGCACUUGUCCAUUUGGAUUUCGGUGCGACGAUGGAUAUUAUUGUCUUGAUGAAUUGGAGAUUUGCAAUGGAAGGCGAGAUUGCGAAGAUUACAGUGAUGAACGCAAUUGCCAUGCUAGAGUUUGUGACUCAGAAACCAAAUUUCGAUGUAGAAGCGGGCAAUGCGUCCGGAAAUCAGACGUGUGUGAUGGAAUAUUUAACUGUGCAGAUGGCAGUGACGAAUACAAUUGCAAUGGUGUGAAAAAAGAAUCUACUGAUAUCGACAGUGUUACUGAUGAUACUGUAUUUGAAGAACUGGAACAUUCAAGUUUCACAGACUUUUUCAAGACUGCUUGUCCCUUCAAAUUUCAGUGCGACAAUGGAAAUUGUAUUAACGAAAGGUAUGUUUGCGACGGAGACAAAGAUUGCGAAGAUAGAAGUGACGAACGUGAUUGCCAUGACAGAGUAUGUGACUCAGAAACCGAAUUUCGCUGUAGAAGCGGGUAUUGCGUCCGGAAAUCAGACGAAUGUGAUGGAAUACUUGACUGUGGAGAUGACAGUGACGAAUACAAUUGCACUUGUCCAUUCGGAUUUCGGUGCGACGAUGGAUAUUAUUGUUUUGAUGAAAGGAGGGUUUGCGACGGAAGGAAAGAUUGCAAAGAUAACAGCGACGAACGUGAUUGCCAUGCCAGAGUAUGUGACUCAGAAACCAAAUUUCGAUGUAGAAGCGGGCAAUGCAUCCAGAAAUCAGCCGUAUGUGAUGGAGUAUCUGACUGUAGAGAUAAAAGUGACGAAUACAAUUGCACUUGUCCAUUCGGAUUUCGGUGCGACGAUGGAUAUUAUUGUGUUGAUGAAAGGCGUAUUUGCGAUGGAUACAAAUCUUGCGAAGAUAACAGUGACGAACGUGAUUGCCAUGCCAGAGUAUGUGACUCAGAAACCAAAUUUCGAUGUAGAAGCGGGCAAUGCGUCCUGAAAUCAUACGAGUGUAAUGGAGUGUAUAACUGUGAAGAUAAGAGUGACGAAUCAAAUUGCACUGCAUCAACCUGCCAAGGUUUUUUCUGUGGAGAUGGAAAAUGCGUACGUUCUAUUCAUAGAUGUGAUAACAAAAAAGAUUGCGUUGAUGGUUCUGACGAAGAAGGUUGUACUCCUUGGUGUACUGAAAAAUAUAAUUUUCAGUGUGGGGAUGGAUGCAUCCAUAAACGCCUCCUCUGUGACGGACUUCAACACUGUUCCAAUGGUGUCGAUGAAAAAGGCUGUGAUUUCAAUCGAAUGGAAGAAUGCUCACCCCGAAAAUUCAGAUGCAACAUUGGUUUUUGCAUUCCGUGGAAUUUUGUUUGCGAUGGUAUUGAGCAUUGCUCUGAUGGGGAAGACGAAGAUGGCUGCCCAUCCACAUCCAAUUAUUGUAUGGAGGGGGAGUUCCAAUGCUGGAGUGAACACUGCAUCCCAAAAGAGCAAAUUUGUGACGGUCGUUUUGAUUGCUUCGAUAAGACUGAUGAAAGAAAUUGCUCCGAAUCCAGAUGCGGAGGAUUUUAUUGCGGCAACAAAGAAUGUGUUCCUCAAGAAUCUAGAUGUAACGGACAGAAGGAUUGCACGAACGGAAGUGAUGAAGAAAACUGCGAAGUUUCUGAUUGCGACGAGGAAACUCAUUUCAGAUGCGAUGAAAAUAAAUGCCUUCCGAAAGGACUUCUUUGCGAUCAUGACAGGGACUGUUCAGAUGGAAGUGAUGAAGAGAAGUGUGAUGAUGUGAGAAAGGAAUCUACUGAUAUCGACAGUAUUAUUGAUGAACUGGACGAUUCAAGUGUAGUUUUUAAAGAGUUUUUUCUGAACAUUUUCAAGCGAAAUUCAACCAAAUCUUAA